AUGGCCGAAUCACGUCAAGGUCGUCUUGCCGGCAAGAAUGCUAUCAUCACCGGUGCCGCUGGUGGCAUCGGUCUCGAAACCACCAUUCUCUUUGCCCGUGAGGGCGCUUCGGUGCUCAUGGCCGACAUUUCCGAGCCCGCACUUGAGCGCGCCCUGGCCAAGGUCAAAGAACUCGUCCCCAACGCUCCACGCCUGGAGACGAUCAAGUGUGAUGUUUCCAAGGAAUCCGACGUGGCCGCAGCCGUCGACUCUCAAGAUGCCCACGGCGGUAUCGAUAUCAUGUUCAACAACGCGGGCAUUAUGCACGCCAAGGACGACGACGCCGUCAACACGCCAGAAGCCAUCUGGGACCUCACCCAAGCCAUCAAUGUCAAGGGUGUCUGGUACGGCAGCAAGCAUGCUGUGCUCAGUAUGCGACGACACAAAAAGGCCGCCGGGAGUGUCAUCAACACCGCCAGUUUCGUGGCGUUGAUGGGCGCCGCAACCCCUCAGCUCGCCUACACUGCUUCCAAGGGCGCUGUGCUCGCCAUGACGAGGGAACUGGCUAUCGUGCACGCACGAGAGAACAUUAGAUUCAAUUCCCUGUGCCCCGGCCCACUAAACACCCCGCUGCUGCAGGACUGGUUGGGCGACGAUGUGCACAAGAGACACAGACGUGAAGUUCACUUCCCGAGUGGUCGCUUUGGAGAGGCCGUUGAGCAGGCUCAAGCUGUGCUCUUCUUGGCCAGUGACGAGAGUAGCUUUGUCAAUGCGACCGAGUUUGUCGUCGAUGGCGGUUUGAGCAGAGCUUAUGUUACAGCUGAAGGACCCGCCCCACCAGCUCCCUUGAACAAUGUUCGUUAG